AUGGAUCAUCAAGGACCUGCACAUGGAGAACAUGGUGGACAAGGUGAAGGCCAUCAUCAAUGCUCAGGAGAUAAACAACAUGGUGGACAACACCAUGGAGAACAUGGUGGACAACACCAAGGAGAACAUGGUGGAAAACAUCAUGGAGAACAUGGGGGACAACACCAAGGAGAACAUGGUGGUCAACAUCAUCAAACACCACAAUAA